AAUCCUUUUGGAGCAUUUAUCCGUUGUUUUGAGGGUUAAUAACCAAAAGUGCAAAACAUAGGGAGGGAGGGCAUUCAUAUUCCAGUUAUGACAGACAAUGGAAGGGGAAUGGAGAGGAAUGGAGGAUUAAGUACGAGUGGAGAUUCAGUGAUGCUGCUGGGAAGAAGAAGAAAUACUUCUGACCAAGUUAAUCAUCUGCUGGAGAAAUUUAUCAAGACUCAGAAGAAACUAGCGAUAUAUAUCAAUGACAUGCCAGAAUUGUUGAUUGAUAAUGGACAAUUUGAAAAAUUGAAAUUGGGAAUUGAUGAGAUGCGUGAUAAAGCCUACUCAGUGAUUGGUCCCCUCGUGGAAGCUAAGAAUGCUAGUGAGAAGAGAAUUAAACAGUUGGAGACGAGCUGUGGGGAACUCGUGUAUCAUUUUGAGACUGAGCAAAAGAAGGUGGAGAAUUUGGAGCAACAACUUCGUCAUCUAGCUAAUGAAUCUGCUGGUCAAGUGACAUUCUGCACACAUUUGGGUGCAGUAUUGGGAAAUUUAAUAUGGAAAUCGUCAAGAUCAUCGCCACAAGUGGAUCUUUGGCUCAACGAGAAUCGACAAAACCUCAAAGAUUUGUUAUCAAUCACGAACACAGCACUGGAAUCAUUUAUCCAGACAUUUGAAGGAAAGUUCCCCGACAUGAAAGAGGAGCAGUAUCAGUUCAUGAUGUCCCUCAUGGGCACUGUCACAAACAUAUCCUCCAAUUCCACUGGGCGACAAUUUUUGAUCAGCCACGAGCAGAAUGGAAAAGAAUUGAUUAAGCUGAUUGUUCUAUCUAUCCCAGGUCUGCCCUUGAUCUCUGGAGACCCUCUGAAGAGACUGAUGCUCAUGAUCCUCUACAACGUCAGCCUGAACUGUUCAGGCCUGUCCUAUUUAAUAAGCUUAAAAGUCCACGAAUUAGUAACUUACUGCUUGGACCAAUCCCCAGAAAUCCAACUCAACUCCCUUCGAAUAAUUCAGUCCAUCACAUACGAUUUAAAAGAUUCUGGAAUAUUCGAUCGGCUCCUGCAGUUCCUGCCAGUCAUAAAAAUCCAACAAUUGAUAAUCUCCUCAGACGAACGAAUUUCCGAGGCUGCCAGUGGCAUCUUGUCGAACAUGAAAAAAUUCUAUGCCACAGCAGAUACUAUAAGUACCAUGUCAUCUGAUAAUUGAUAAUCAAUCAGUCAUUGUUUUGAGGGACCAAGUGUUGUUUAUUUACCCCUUAGCUAAAUAAAAUUAAAUUUUUUCGUAAAAGUAAGAACUUUGAUCGCCGCAAGUACUUUAAAGUACCUUAUUUGAGAUCCUGCUCAACAAUUUUUUCAACUAAGAGUAACUAUAUGAUCAUAUUGGUAAAAUUGGUGAGACCAAUUGCAUUAAGGAUUAUCAUUAUCGACCAGUCGAGCGGGUGUGUCCAGUCCAAUUUCAUAAUCAA